UAGAAGGCGGUUGUGUCGCGGAAGUACAAUGUCGAUACCUCAGUGUUCGGGUCAGUAACUUGGAUUUUACACUGUGAAGCGUCCUCGGGAUACCGUACUUUAACGAACCAAAAGCGAAUGGACCGACGGAAAUUCGCAGUCUGCACCUCACGGUCGAGUAUACACGUGUCUGCUGCCGACCGAGUGGCUGCUCCGAAUUGAAUGUGUGUAUUUCACAUCACAACGACGAAUAAAAAAAUGUGAUGAACCUAUAAAGCGUAAAAAAGUUUUGAAGUACACAUUUCCUGUUCUUUUUCGCUUCCCAAAUACGAAUAAUUCUAUAGAAGAUUCAAGUUUAUUUAUGAAUAUUAUUGGAUAUGGACCGCCCACUGUGAUUGUGAAUAGUGCUCAAAAGUCAAUAAUUUCAAUUAAACAAAUAUAUUUAAAUUUUUAAGUGAAUAAAUAUAAAUACUGGAGAAAGCAGAAAGCUAUAAACGAAAUAUUACAACCGUGUGUUUUUAUUGCUCCGUCACCGUUCAAAUCCCUAUUUUUGUGCGGCCCAAUUUUUUUUAUUGUAUUUUCCAACAUUCUACCUAUAAUGGAUUACUUACAAGCCACAAGUGUGAUACUGCCCUUUUUGUGGGUCCUUAGUACAGCAGUUGUGGAUGGGGAAGUGAUUUUUCGCAUUGAUCCUUUGGCAUUGCUUUCGGCUACACUGCGAACAUAUCAGAAAGCAGCAUGUGACUCAGAACAAGUUUUUAUUGCCUGUCCCCGCGGUACCAGUAUUUCCAUCGAAUUUGCUCAGUACAACAAGUUUGUGGCAAAAGAUGGCUACAGCAUAGAGGAUUUGUGUCCUGUUUCUGGCGAAAAAGGUCCCCAAAUCCGUGGGAAGGAAAAGCACUUGCUUCGCGGAUCCAUUUUCGGUUCAUUGCAGCAGAAAGAAGCAACCCAACGUAUUUUCAGUGAUGAAUUCGGCUCAGUAUUCACUAUGCCCCCCAUAAGUAAAGAUGUCACAACCAAUAGUACCCGUUUAAAGGUGGCCGAGAAUGGUACAACUGGAGAUAUUCAGAAUUACGAAAAUAAUGAAAAUACGCCAAUAAGCUGCAUGUGGCCGAACGCACUGCAGUACUCCUUGCUGCAAACUGUAGUUGAUGCGUGCCAGAAGAAAAAGCACUGUAAGUUUUACGGGUCUUCACAAUACUCCGACCUAGGCGCAAGCGGAGUAGGUGACUCGUCCGGGACCAGCAGCUAUCACAGCAGUACAGUCAGCACCAAUUCAUUAUUUAGCGAUCCCUGUCCAAAGCUUAGAAAAAUCGUGGAAAUAGCCUACAAAUGUCGUCCGUAUGAGUUUCGAAGCAAGGUAGCUUGUCACAAUGAUGUCGCCCAGCUCGAGUGUAACCCCUAUUCGAGGAUAGCCAUUUAUAGCGCAAGUUUCGGUAGAACAGAGUAUGAAAGCAUCCAAUGUCCUCAACCCCAAGGAGUACGGGAAGAAACAUGCCUCGCCUCAUACUCAACGGAGACAGUAAUGCAAAUUUGCCACGGACGUCGGCGGUGCAACUUAGCAGCUGACGCGAACACAUUUGGUACUCCUUGUCAAAAGAACUCCCGGAUGUACUUGAAAGUGGUUUACACAUGCGUGCCCAUGCAAGUACUUAAAGAACACGACGCAUCAGAAACCGAGGCGGACGAAUCCCAGGAUUUUGAGAGUGAUGUCAACGAUCUUUACGAUGAUGAACUGAACUAUAAAGAGUCCGAAGCCAUUCCAAAGCUGUAUAGCAACACAACAGGUUCUGGUACCCGUAAUAGCACCGGAGGAAGUAUUUCAAGACCCAGUGUUACAUUGCAGAGUAACCAGACCAUAAAAAACAGCUCAUUGGUUGCUGAGAUCGAUAACGUAAUGACUCAUACGGCCGAUUUUAGCUUGGAGGACGACCAGGAACGUUUAUAUAUUUACCUUCUCAUCGCGGGUUCUCUUGGAGUGCUUUUAUCCAUAAUGGUCGUCGCCAUUAGGUCAUUAUUUCAAAAGCGUCAUGGUGUACCUACUGAUACUCACUUGAAUUCGUCAAAAAAAGGCAAUGACGUUGCUGGGGUAUUAGCUGAGGAAACUAUUAUACCGAGCGGAUUCAAUGAUACCAUUUCAGAGAUAGACGCAGACAUCGACCUGGAAUCGUCAGUGCCUCUACCUAUUGUGUCGGAGAAUGAAAAUUAUUUAUCAUUUGCCGCAACUAGCAGUCUGUUUGCCAAUCCGCCUGGCCAUCUAUCCUCAGUGAGUAAUCCUGGAUCAGCGCCUGGUUUAUUCCCAGCUCCACUUUUAAUUGGGGCUCACCAAUCACCAGACUUAAUAGGUAUCCCGCCUAAUGCCUAUGUAGCAACGGAUAUUGGAAACCGCCAGACUGCAGUGGCAGGCAUUAUGGGUUCGGCGAUAGUUAUUGGAUCCAACGCCUCUGGUGUAACACCACCUGGCAGUAGUACUAUAAGCACAAUGGUUCCAAUAACCUCACUGGCACAGUACACAACAGCACCGACCAUCAGAGGCGGGUACAUAGUAAAUGCAGGAAGCAUGGGAGUUCUGCAGCAUCCAAGAAGCACACCUACGCCACCAAACUCUUUAAACGGGGGUUCCUCAGCAUUUCAAAAAACGCAACAAGUUCCGUCGGCUCUACCUAUCAAUCCGAUGUGUCAUGGAUUGACAGUAAACGGCAAUUCGACGCUAUGUCGAACAAAACCGCUCUUGCAGCUUUCCUAUGAUGGCACCGCCCCGCGGACGUUGUCCACUGGCGUGUCCGGUAGCUCGCAGUUCUUCUACGGAUAACAGAACACUAUGUACUAUGAGCCUCAUGAAUACGCGAAAACCUUAGCCGUAGGUUAGGACUCCUUCUUCGGGGAAGAAGCCGUCUUUCACAAAAAAAUGUUCUAAACUGUAAUGGAAAGUGCUAUGAAUUACUAUAAAUUAGGUUCAAGGCUUAUUAAUAGUCUAAUUUUAGCUAAAUUUUUCCUGUCAAAAUGUGGAGCCAACAUUUUUUAAUGAAUGUUAGUUUAACAAGUUAUGAUUGUAAGACAAUUAUGAAAAACUAUAUUAUUUUGCAAUAUAAUCAUGUCACAUUUCUUAGUAGUCAUUAGUCAUUUUCAUGUCUUACUUAACGCACUAUGAGCUGUAAAAAAAUUCUUUAUCCCCACCAGGUAUAGGAAAAGCAUUUGAAACAAAAAUAUUAAAUAUUGAAUAAUUAUUAAGUUACAGAUCUAUUAUUUAAUUAUUUUUAAAGAAUGAAUUAUUUAAUAUCUAAAAAACCAAUUCCUUUGUGCAUUUCCUGUUGUUAAGUUUCGUAUUUGUUUUAAUGCACCUUGAUAUUUAAGAAUUAAAUAUCGUAGUGAGUGUUAUUUUUUAAAUAAAAAGUGCCUUCCUUAUUAGAGUUUAAGAAUUUACUUAAUAUAUUUUGAAGCCAUUCUUUAAAUGCGCUACCCAAUUAAAAAAAGUAUGUUAAGUCGUAAUUGUAAAACAGUCUAUUUAGAAAAAUUGUAAAUAUGAGACUUAAAGGGCUCAUCACAGCACAUUUUUGUGGCCCUUUACAGUCGAAGAAUAAGAAAUUCGACAUUAAUUGAAUGGUUUUAAACUUGGGCGACUGUAACUUGCAAAAUUUGUUGCCAAAGUUUUUCAUCACACGACUAAUUCUAAAAUGUAAUCUCAAAAAAAAGUUAAGAAAACUGUAUCAGGAAAAACCUGAAGAAAUGCAUUAGAUGGUAAAAGUAGUGGUAACAAAUAGUGGUAACGGUUACAAUUAAAUAAUAAUUAUGGCAUAGGUUUGAAAUAUGAAUACACUG